AUGGUUCAAUUUGCCUUGAGCGGACGCAAACUAGUUCAAAAUACAAGAGUACCACUAGUACAUCCAGUAGCACCACUUCUACUAGUACCACCGACACUACUACUACUUCGAGUACGAGUACAACCACUAGCACUACCGAUACUACGAGCACCUCUAGCAGUAGCACUACGACUAGUACGACAGACACAACUAGCUCAUCCAGUAGCAGUACUUCGACUAGUACUACAGACACCACUAGCACUUCGAGUACCAGUACCUCAACCAGCACCACUGCCACAACCAGUACUUCGAGUACCAGCACCUCAACUAGUACCACUGACACAACUAGUACUUCGAGUACCAGUACAUCCACUAGCACUACCGAUACCACCAGUACUUCGAGUACAAGUACCUCAACUAGCACCACAGACACAACUAGCACAUCAAGUACCAGUACUUCGACUAGUACUACAGAUACCACUAGCACAUCAAGUACCAGUACAUCCACUAGCACUACCGAUACCACUAGUACUUCAAGCACAAGUACCUCAACUAGCACCACUGACACGACUAGCACAUCAAGUACAAGUACCUCAACUAGUACUACUGAUACUACCAGUACUUCGAGUACAAGUACAUCCACUAGUACUACCGAUACCACUAGUACUUCAAGCACAAGUACCUCAACUAGCACUACUGAUACUACCAGCACUUCAAGCACAAGUACCUCAACUAGUACCACUGACACAACUAGUACUUCGAGUACAAGUACAUCCACUAGCACUACCGAUACCACCAGUACUUCAAGUACAAGUACCUCAACUAGCACCACUGACACAACUAGCACAUCCAGUAGCAGUACAUCCACUAGCACUACCGAUACCACCAGUACUUCGAGUACUAGUACCUCAACUAGCACUACAGACACGACUAGCACAUCAAGUACAAGUACCUCAACUAGCACCACUGACACAACUAGUACUUCGAGUACCAGUACAUCCACUAGCACUACCGAUACCACCAGUACUUCAAGUACAAGUACCUCAACUAGCACCACUGACACAACUAGCACAUCCAGUAGCAGUACAUCCACUAGCACUACCGAUACCACCAGUACUUCAAGCACAAGUACCUCAACUAGCACCACUGACACAACUAGCACAUCAAGUAGCAGUACUUCGACUAGCACUACCGAUACCACUAGCACAUCAAGUACCAGUACAUCCACUAGCACUAGCGAUACUACGAGUACUUCGAGUACCAGCACCUCAACUAGUACCACUGACACAACUAGCUCAUCAACUACCAGCACUUCGACUAGCACUACGGACACUACCAGUACUUCGAGUACGAGUACCUCAACCAGCACCACAGACACAACGAGCAGUUCGAGUAGCACAUCGUCAACAAGUAGUACCACUACUGAUUGUUCGAAUUGGGAAGGAUAAAUGUGUAAUAAGGAAAACCUUACCAACGGAAUUGGAUGUUGUGGUGGAUACCGCAGAGUCUUUAUGGAAUACAUCUGCUAAUGGAAUUAGUACUGUGGCGGCGGCUGGCACUGGCGUCGGCACUUAUGUUAGUUCUGAACCAGUUGCUAACCUCUUCGACGAUAGUCUGUCAAGUCGAUUCAGCAGCCGUGGUAAUUCCAGUGUCUCUGAUUCUAUUGCUGGCCUCAAUACAGGAUUUCAUGCUACUGUUGCACAGUGUAAUGCGGUGCUCAUCGGAUUUCGGUUUGGCUGUGCUAAUAACAGUAUACAACGUGAUCCAAUUGACAUCACUAUUGAAGGAACUAAUUGUGAUGAUCUAUCAACGUGUACCAAUUGGACACAGCUAUACAGGGGACCGUCGGGUCUCAGUUCGCGAACCGCAAGUCCAAUGUACGGUGAAUAUCAAGCCAUUUCCAAUAUGGCGACUUUUGAUAGCUAUCGCUUUUUGGUAACAAAUAAGCGUGGCAAAAGCAGUCUUGUGAGUUACAGUGAAGUGCAACUGUUUGGAUACACGAAUUACACAGGAAGUUCAUCGAGUGGAUCAGCAAAUUCGUCGGUACCGCUAACAAUCAAGUCAGGAUCAAUAGAAGCUUUAUGGAAUUCGACACUAAACCAACCAAGUUUACUCGCAACCCAAGGUUCAUCGGGUGUGGGAGUAUAUAGCAAUAAUCAAGGGCCGGACAAGUUAUUUGACGGCGAUACUACCUCGAGAUAUACAAGUCGUGGUUAUUCAAACGCAUCGAAUAAGUAUGCUGGUCUGAACACGGGUUUCUUUUUCACCAUUGCACGUUGUCAAACAACACUGAGCAAAUUUCGAUUUGCUACGGGUAUAGCGGGUGCCUCUGCCGAUCCGACUAACGUCACUGUAGAAGGAACGAGUUGUACUACUGCAUUGAACUGUACCGACUGGGCACUCAUAUAUGAUGGUCCGACUGGAUUAUUAUCUAUUGCCAACCGUAGUACAUACGGUGAUUGGCAAAUCAUAUCUUCGCCCCAUGCGUACCCAAGUUAUCGUUUCACUAUUAUGGGUAAAAAGGGCAGCAGUCCUUAUGUAUCAUAUAGUGAAGUUGAUCUUUACGGUUAUUAA